AAGAACCUAAAUAGUAACUUAGUAAGGUCGUUGAUAUCCUGUCAUUUUAGUUAGAUUUAGAAUAUGAGUUAAUGGGAAAUACGAAGUGGGUUUGUGAUGUUUGAAGUCAAAAUGGUGUCAAAGAUGUGCAUGAACGCUUCAUGUGGUACGACUUCUACUGUUGAAUGGAAGAAAGGUUGGCCUCUUCGAUCUGGUCUUCUCGCUGAUCUCUGUUAUCGUUGCGGAUCUGCGUAUGAGAGUUCUCUUUUCUGUGAACAAUUCCAUAAGGACCAAUCUGGUUGGAGGGAAUGCUAUUUGUGUAACAAGAGACUACAUUGUGGAUGCAUUGCUUCUAAGGUAACGAUUGAGCUUAUGGACUAUGGUGGUGUUGGUUGUAGUACUUGUACUUGCUGCCAUCAACUCAAUUUGGGCACGAGGGGUGAGAAUCCAGGUGUUUUUAGCAGAUUGCCGAUGAAACCGUUAGCAGAUAGACAACAUGUAAAUGGCGAAAGCGGAAUGAAUAUUGACGGAGGAAGAAACGAAGCCGGUCUCUUUUCUCAGCCACUAGUCAUGGGCGGAGAUAAAAGGGAAGAGUUCAUGCCUCACCGUGGGUUUGGUCAGCUAAUGAAUUCAGAAAACACCACCACCGGGUAUAGGCUGGAUGCUGCUGGGGAAAUACAUGAAUCAUCACCUUCACAGCCAUCUUUGAAUAUGGGUUUGGCUGUAAAUCCUUUUAGCCCAUCUUUUGCAACCGAGGGUGUCGAGGGAAAGAAACACAUCAGUGCUUCUCAGUCCAACAUGGUCCAUUGCUCUGCCUCUAACAUACUGCAAAAGCCAUCAAAACCUGCUAUUUCAACUCCUCCUGUGGCUAGUAAAUCCGCUCAGGCGCGUAUUGGAAGGCCUCCUGUCGAAGGGCGAGGGAAAGGCCACUUACUUCCGCGGUAUUGGCCAAAAUAUACGGAUAAAGAGGUUCAGCAGAUCUCUGGAAAUUUGAAUCUGAACAUUGUACCUCUCUUUGAGAAAACUCUUAGUGCCAGUGAUGCUGGUCGCAUUGGUCGUCUAGUUCUUCCAAAAGCCUGUGCAGAGGCAUAUUUUCCUCCGAUUAGUCAAUCGGAAGGCAUUCCUCUGAAAAUCCAAGAUGUGAGGGGUAAGGAGUGGACGUUCCAGUUCAGAUAUUGGCCCAAUAACAACAGUAGAAUGUAUGUUUUAGAAGGUGUCACUCCAUGCAUACAGUCCAUGAUGCUACAGGCUGGUGAUACAGUAACUUUCAGCCGGGUUGAUCCUGGUGGAAAACUAAUCAUGGGUUCCAGAAAGGCAGCUAAUGCUGGAGACAUGCAGGGUUGUGGUCUCACCAAUGGAACUUCAACCGAGGACACAUCAUCGUCUGGUGUUACAGAAAACCCACCCUCCAUAAAUGGUUCAUCGUGUCCCUCACUAAUACCGCAAGAAUUGAACGGUAUGCCUGAAAAUUUGAGCUCACAGAAGAGUGAGACUAACGGGGGCAGGAUAGGUGAUGAUCCUACACGAGUUAAAGAGAAGAAGAGAACUCGAACCAUUGGGGCAAAAAAUAAGAGACUUCUUUUGCAUAGUGAAGAAUCUAUGGAGCUGAGACUCACCUGGGAAGAAGCUCAGGACUUGCUUCGUCCCUCUCCUAGUGCAAAGCCUACCAUCGUCGUCAUUGAGGAGAAAGAAAUUGAAGAAUAUGACGAACCUCCUGUCUUUGGAAAGAGGACUAUAGUCACUACAAGACCUUCAGGUGAACAGGAACGAUGGGCAACUUGCGACGACUGCUCUAAAUGGAGAAGGUUACCUGUAGACGCUCUUCUUCCCUUUAAAUGGACAUGUAUAGACAAUGUUUGGGACGUUAGCAGGUGUUCAUGUUCUGCACCGGAGGAGAGUCUGAAGGAACUUGAGAAUGUUCUUAAAGUAGGAAGAGAGUACAAGAAGAGAAGAACUGGGGAAAGCCAGGCAGCAAAAAGUCAGCAAGAACCGUGUGGUUUGGAUGCACUGGCGAGUGCAGCAGUCUUAGGAGACACAAUAGGCGAGCCAGAGGUUGCCACCACGACCAGACAUCCAAGGCACAGGGCUGGAUGCUCUUGCAUCGUGUGCAUUCAGCCACCAAGUGGGAAAGGUAGACACAAGCCUACAUGUGGGUGCACUGUGUGUAGCACCGUGAAGAGAAGGUUCAAAACGCUUAUGAUGAGGAGGAAGAAGAAGCAGUUGGAGCGCGAUGUAACAGCAGCAGAAGAUAAGAAGAAGAAGGACAUGGAACUGGCUGAGUCUGAUAAGAGUAAGGAGGAGAAGGAAGUGAACACAGCGAGGAUAGAUCUGAACAGUGAUCCAUACAACAAAGAAGAUGCUGAAGCUGUGGCGGUGGAGAAAGAAGAGAGUCGAAAAAGAGCAAUAGGACAGUGUUCAGGCGUGGUGGCUCAAGGCGCCGGUGAUGUAUUAGGAGUUACGGAGUUAGAAGGAGAGGCUAAGAAAGUUGGUGAAGAGCCGAGAGUUUCAAGCUAAUAUGGAAGGAGAAAAACGAAAAGCUAAAGUCAUAGCCAGUUUUAUUAAUAUGUUGAGACCAAGAGUAGGAGGAGAAGAAGAGAGAGAAAGAGAGGUACAGUUUUGUGUUUGAUUCUGUCAUAGUUGUAGGAAAAAUAAGUUUCUGGUUCAAAA